AAAGACGAGACGACGAGAUUACGAGCCGGUUCACCUUGGUAAAACACCAGAUCACACCACCUACCUCAGCAUCGACCAUAAGUUCGAGUCCAAUUUCAGCCCCGAGCUACCACGAUGAAGGCCACCACAGCCCUCCGAGCCAUUCUCAUCCUCACCAGCAGCACCUCGACAGUCUCAGCCUUUUCAGCAGCCUCCACACCAGACUCACCACCCAGCCUCGAAGACACUCUCCACCACAACGAGCUCGGCUUCGCCUUCAACCACCUCCCGCGACAAGUGUCAACAGGCCAAGAGCUGCAAGCCUUCUUUUCCGAAAAGCCUUUGGGCGGAGCGUCAUCGCAACCGAUAGUGUUUUCUGGGAAUCCUGAAAGGCCGUUUGAAGUGGAGGGUGAUACUUUUCCCGACUUCCCAACAGCAGCCAACCGAGUCUGCGACAAGCAAAAGAAUGCGUGCGCGGAGAUGGCGAAUGAUGCGAGUGAGGUGAAAAGCUUUCGGGUUAGUGAUUGUGAUGAGCAGCGAGGUGAGUAGUAGUUCCCGGGAGUGUUUUUUUAGUGAGGUUCUCUCGAAAAGUGAAGAGGGUAUCUCUUCUUGGAU